AGCGCUUUGGUGGUCGUAGCGGCAUCGCUGUUCAUUUUCUCUGGAUCGGAGUAGAGAAGCUCGAGGUUCGCCAGUGUCAUCCUAAUCUCUGCAGACAACUUCCAGCUAGAUAUAUUACAACCGCCGUAAUGGGUAUCCCAGCUGCGUUCCGGUGGCUCUCCACCAAGUACCCCAAAAUCAUCUCCCCAGUUAUUGAGGACAAGCCGAUCGUCAUGGACGAUGGCUCCGUGAUACCUGUCGAUACUACGCGCCCAAAUCCGAAUGGCGAAGAAUUCGAUAACCUCUAUCUCGAUAUGAAUGGCAUCGUUCAUCCUUGUUCACAUCCCGAGGAUAGGCCUGCUCCUAAAGAUGAGGAAGAGAUGAUGUUGGAAAUUUUCAAGUACACUGAUCGUGUAGUUAACAUGGUUCGUCCAAGGAAGCUGUUGAUGAUUGCUAUUGAUGGUGUUGCUCCGCGUGCGAAGAUGAAUCAACAGCGAUCCCGUCGCUUCCGUGCCGCACAAGAGGCAAAGGAUAAACAGGCUGAUAAGGAGGAGUUAUUGAAGAUGAUCAAACAACAGAAUGGCGGUGUUUUACCACCCGAAACAUUGGCUUCGUUAACUAAGAAGGCUUUCGAUUCAAAUUCAAUUACUCCUGGUACCCCAUUUAUGGACAUCCUAGCUAUCAGUUUGAGAUAUUGGUGUGCUUAUAAGCUUAACACUGAUCCCGGCUGGGCUAAUAUGAAAGUCAUUAUCUCUGAUGCUACAGUACCUGGGGAGGGCGAGCACAAGAUCAUGAAUUUUGUUCGUUCACAAAGAGCUUCACCUGACCACGAUCCAAAUACGAGACAUGUGAUAUAUGGGCUGGAUGCCGAUCUCAUUAUGCUGGGGCUUGCGACCCAUGAACCUCAUUUCCGUGUGCUCCGAGAAGAUGUCUUUUUUCAGGAAGGCAAGGCCCGUACCUGCAAGAUAUGUGGUCAAAAGGGCCACGAUGCACAAAGUUGUCGCGGAGAAGCAAAACAGAAAGAUGGUGAGUUCGACGAGAAGGACAAAGCUGUUCCGCAAAAGCCUUUCAUCUGGCUGCAUGUAUCAGUACUGCGGGAGUAUCUCGCUGUAGAGCUCGAAGUGCCUGGUUUACCGUUCCGUUGGGAUCAGGAACGAGCGAUAGAUGAUUGGGUUUUUAUGUGCUUCUUUGUUGGCAACGAUUUCCUUCCCCACUUGCCUGCUCUUGAAAUUCGCGAGAAUGGCAUCGAUACAUUGACUGCUAUCUGGAGAGACAACUUGGCUUUCAUGGGUGGCUACAUGACUAAAGAUGGGCAUGUUGACUUGGAGAGGGCACAAUACAUUCUUGAUGGACUCGGAAAACAGGAGGACGCCAUCUUCAGGCGUCGAAAAGAGGUGGAAGACAGACGUGAGGCAAAUUUCAAGCGACGAAAACUACAGGACCAACAACGCAACGGCCACAAUUAUUCCCAAGGGGGCAAGGGAGGAGACAAACCUGGAAAUGGCCUCCCUGGCGGACUAUCUGAUUCUCUUACACACGACAUGAUUGUGAAACGUGGUGCAACAGCCGGCGACGCCAAUACAGCAAACAAGAGUGCUGCCGCUGUUCUUAGAAGCCAGAUUCAAGGCCUCAUGCCGACACCGAAACCCAAAGAAGAGACAGAGAAAUCAGAACCACAGGUGGCUUCCGGUGCAGCAAAGCGCAAGGCAUCAAUGAUGGAGGCGGAUGGCACUAGUACCCCAGGUAGUGAAUCUACUGCAGAGGAAGAGCCAGAAGACAGCGUUCGACUUUGGGAAGACGGCUACGCAGACAGGUACUAUGAACAGAAGUUUAAGAUUGACCCGAAAGACCUAGACUUCCGACGUAAAGUGGCCUGGGCCUAUACCGAAGGAUUGGCGUGGGUCCUUAGAUAUUACUUUCAAGGUUGUCCCUCGUGGGAGUGGUUUUAUCCGUAUCACUACGCACCCUUCGCUCAAGACUUUAGGGACCUGGCCAAGCUGGAAAUUAAAUUCGAGAAGGGCAGAAUCGCAAGGCCAUUUGAGCAGCUCAUGAGUGUACAGCCGGCUGCCUCGCGCCAUGUGCUCCCAGAUGUCUUCCACUCCUUGAUGACAGAUCCAGAAAGUCCAAUCAUAGACUUCUACCCCGAAGACUUUGUAGUCGAUCUCAACGGCAAGAAGAUGGCCUGGCAGGGCGUGGCCCUUCUCCCAUUCAUCGAAAUGCCUCGCCUCUUGGCUGCUAUUGAGGAGAAAUACGCGUUGUUAGCCCCGGAAGAUGCUGCUCGCAACGAGCCCGGAAGAGAAUAUCUUCUACUUUCCGAGGAAAACCAGGAGUUGUAUGAUGAUAUCAUUGCACAAUUCUAUUCAAAGAAGCAAGGUGCCCCCCAGAGCAAACUUGACCCUCGUAAAAGUCAAGGUCUCUCGGGCAAGAUCGAAAAGAUGCCAGAGUAUCUUCCACACGCCACUCUAGAAUACCCGCUAGAACGCAAGGGGAUGCCCGAUAUAGAUGAUGAUCGGUCCCUGACUGUCCACUAUAACAUGCCGAGUUCCUCGCAUACGCACAAGUCCAUGCUUUUACGAGGGGUACGGCUACCCGUGCCAGCCUUGAACAGCAGCGAUAUUGAAGAGCUCAAGGGAAAGACGCGAAACUCGGGUCGGAGCUACCGCGGGGCUCCCCUUGGGCGUCAGCAUCAUGAUGGGAGAAGAGAACGUAUGAACUACGGUCCAGACUCGCGACGCGGAGGAAACAAUCGUCAUUAUAACAACAGGGGCGGAUACAACGGGCCCAAUACAUACCCGGGCUCAGCUCCUGUAAUUCCGCCGGGAUGGGCACCACCACCGCCCGGUUUCCCUGGGUUUGGCAGUGGGGUACCGCCACCGCCCCCGGGCUACCAGGGUGGUAGGACCGGCGGAUACGGCAACGGCCAUUACGGAGGAGGCCCAGCUUAUAACCAGCGACAGGCGCCACCAGGCAUCUCUGAUUAUCAAAACUAUGGAGGACAGUACAAUGGCCCCCCGCCUGGGUAUCAAGGGCAUGACCAGCGUCGUGGUCGCGGCGGAUACGGUCAUAGAUGAAGGCCGAUAUAGGCGCGCCGUGUUACUAGAUAUGAGCUGAAAAUGUAUAUAUGUGAAGAUGAAAAGUUACUCGUCACAUUUGCGUCUUUACCGCUAUUGUUCACGCAUGGGAAGUAUACCCGAUUGGUCUUGGAGCACGCCCAUGGCUUCGACAAUACUC